AUCAAAACUUCAAGCAGUUUAAAAACUUUAUUUGCAAAUUGGAUCUCGCCGUACAAAAACCAACCAAACGUUUUUCACGACAGAUGGUACAAUAUUUUUUGUCAAGUUUACGACAAAAAUAUUCCGUGCACCAAAAAGUCACAGGAGAAUACAAGUAUCAUUCAUAAGAUGGUAUAUGCAUUUAAUUCAGAUGAACUACGGAAUAUUCUAGGAAGUUUACCAAAUCAGGUAAUAUUUAGUAACGAAGAAUCUUUACGCAACCAUCUUUUAUACUUGUUAACAUCAUCUAGUUCAUCAGAAAGAAAUUUUAUUGAAAAAAAAAUUUUAGAAGUCUAUAAGUCUCGAUCAGUACAGCUACAGCAUCAACCUCCGAUUUGUAGACCACCAAGACCACAAAUACCAUAUUUUAUACAACCUACUCAUAAAAUCCCAGAUGAAACAAUACAUUUUGCGCAUAACUUACCAUUUUUUAAAACAUUAGAGACAAUUUUACCGCCCUUGUACUCUGAGCUUAAUGCUGAUUCUUUCAACUUUGUAGGUUACUAUUAUCUAUCAGAAAGUACUAGAAAUUCUGUAAUUGAAUCAUGGAAUAAUUAUAGAAAAGAGUACAAAUUAAAAAUAAUUCUAAGAAUAGAACAAUUUGGUGAGAAAUUACUCAUUGAACGUUUACCUUACAAUAUUUAUGUUUCUGUAAAUGGUCGUCAAUGUAGGUUACCCGAGUUAAACAUCUCAACUGUGGGUACUCCAUGGCGUCACAAUGUUCCUAUAGAUAUAACUGAAUAUACAGAUUUAAGAACAUGUUUACAGAACACAUUAAACAUUACAUGGUCAAAUGAACCAUAUAUUUAUGUAAGUUCUGUUUUUGUGGUUCAAAAAUUACCUUGGGAAAAUCUGCUUAUAGAAUUUAAAAAUAGACUAAUAAUACGUGCCUCUGAAAAAACUAUGGACUUCAUUAAACAAUUCUUUGAAAGGGAAGCUGAUUUUGGUGUAAACUGCGUGUUUACUACUGUUAUGGAUCCAUUAUCUAACCUACGAAUGAAACUGCCUGCUAGAGGUGUAGGAUGUAUACAUUUGCAAUGUUUUGAUGCAAUAGAGUUCUUACGAAUGAAUGAACAAAAGCAAACGUGGUUGUGUCCGAUUUGUCAGAAACCGGUUAAAUUCGAAAACCUUGAAAUUGAUGAAUAUUUUUUAAACGUAGUUCACAGUUCAAAUUUAAGUGAAGAAUGUAAAUAUAUUAUUUUAUUAAAAGAUGGCACUUGGAUUGAAAAAACUAACGAAUUAAGAACAAAGGUACAAACAGUGAAUAAUGAAGAAAUAAUUAUACCGUCAGAUACAGACUGAUAUUAAUACAAUAUCAAUGAUGACAAUGAGAUAAUAUCAAAAUCUAAACGUAAACAUUUUAUCAAAAGAAGAAUAUUCAAGACCAAUAGAUUGUACAAUAUAGUAAAAACUAAUGUCAACUAUUCUGUGAAAAAUGACCUUGUUCAAAAAAAUUAACACAAUAAGAGCAUCAGCUUCAACUAAUUGAAUCAUGUCAAAUAUUAUAAACCUGAUCCAUCAUUAUUUUUACUUGUACAUUAAAUAAUGUUAACCUUAAAAAUAAUGGAACUUAAAGACUGAAAAAUACUGCAUUGCAAGUAUCUCUGGAAGUAGUUAAUGUAAUACAAAUAAAGUACAGAUCGGUUGUAAGUGUUCUAAAAUUAUAACAUUACAUUUAACUGUGUAUUUAAAUUAUUAGGUAUUGAUUUUAAUACUUUGUAUAUUAUCAUUUCAUAAAAACUAAAUCUAUUUUAAAAAC